AUGCGUAAUGAAAGCUGUAAAGUAGCUGAGGAACUUGAUAUUGCUACCGUUUUAUGCUCUUUAAUCGUAGAAUCAUCUUGCAUCUAUGAGGGAACGCUGACGUUUCCUGUUGGUUGUGGAUGUGCUUCAGGCAUCCCAAAAAUCAUAGACGAUGCCGUCGAUAAUUUGUCACUUAAUUCUUCAAAAGUCACUAUUGUGGAUAUAAGUUCACUGAGCGAGGAGGACAAGCAUUUUUUUAAUGUGGAUGGGUGUGGUGGUGAAAUGGCAUCUCUUAAUGUGAAUUUGGUUAAAUUAAAGAAGUUGAAAGAAGUAUGGAACAUGGGAGAGAGUGAGAAGAUUUCCCUCGCUUCUAUGUGCAAAACUCAGGGCAACGGAUUUCUCCAGGUUCACUUUGCGAACCUAGCUAACAAUCUCGCUCGCGCUCUUCGUGCCUACAAGCGUGGAAUUCAGUGUCUCGAGGGCAGCGUCAGCGUAAAACCAGCAACGCACGCCUCUCAUCAUCAAGCAGAUCAGGAAGCUCAACAACUCUAUGUAAAUCUCCUUACCAAUGCAGCUCUCUGCCUUCUAAAAAUCGUCGCUCAACCAGAGCGGGUUACCUCGAGGUCGGACCAUCAGCCCAUCAGCGAUGAGACGCUGAUGCGACAUUGCAUUGCCAUGUGCGAAAAGGCUCUUGGAAUCGAUGCAGACAAUGCGAAAGCUCUUUACAGAAUGGCUCAGGCCCAGGCACAACUGAAGCAUUACUCAGAGGCAAUUUCAAUCGGGAAACGGGCAGUGGAAGCCUUAAAGACUAAGAAAUCGAGUUCCGCAAUGGUGGAAAAGUCUAUUACGGACUGGAAGCAAGCACUGUGUGCGCAGAAACGCGAUGAAUAUGAACACGUUAGAUCGGCAUUUCUCAAGAGGGCCACUGAGUUGAGGAAACACGGUCGGCUGUUUGCGGAUGACGGGAGUGGAGACGCAAAUCGCCUACACUUCGAUGACUGGUCCAACGACCUGGCUGACAACGUGAUGUCCAUCCACGAGGAAUUAGAGGCUUUUGGUGAGAAGAUGCCAGAUCCCAAGUCAACCUCUUCAUCGUCUGGAUCUUUGAAGGGCUCAAAGAAGUCACACCGAACCCCUGCAGUCGCUCGUCUCACAAAAAUUGAUUCAGAGGAUGAGGAGGAGGUGGAGGAAGAGAAGAACUAG